AGGAUAAAUCCCUAAUCGUCUUUGACUCCAAUCGAGGUUAUCUUUUUGGUAACCUUCUAGACAAAGAUUAUUUAAAAUAAAAUAGAGGUGGGGGUAAAAAUUGAGUAUUUAUAUUAUAGAUAGAGACUUGCCUUAUUGGUGUUAUCAGCAUGAAUUGAACGCAUGUAAAUGUGUUCAAAUGUUUUCUUAAAAUCAUUAUUUAACAUGACAGGUUCCUUGGAGACUUUACAAUAUUAAGAAUAUAGUGAAUUGUUGCCGAAAACUUUUGCUAUACAAAAUGGAAAUGUGCGAAGAUGAGUGGGCAGUUGAGUGCUCUGAUGACGAAAAAUAUGGAGUUGAAACGAAGGAAUGCUGGUCGCUGGAAUCUGAAGAUAUUUUCGUCAUGAUCGAGAGCCUGGAAUGUAAUAAUCAGUGUUUGGAGCUGGAGUGGAAGUGCCCUGGUAGACGUGGUCCGUCACCAGAACCCCUGAAUAAUCACCAACAAACACAUCAUCUGCCACAAUUCAAUGAUUUAUCACAACCAGAGGAGAAAGACAACUUUGACUUCAUGGACGAGAUGUCAUCCCCGCGGCUUCCUGUGCGACGUAUUGGUGAAGCUACACCAAAGGGUAGCGCCAAAAAAAAGACGGCUAGUUUCAAUGGUGUCUUGUCUACUAUGUUGCGGCAUCGCAGGCUAGAGCAACAAGAAAUAAAUUCGGGGGCUAAAAAAUCGGAGGCUAACGCCUCUAACUUGAAGUUUUAACCCCUGUGAUAGGAAUUAAUAUAGUCAGGUGUGGCCUAUACCUGCCAGUGGGAAUUGAACUUUACACUUCUAUCCAUUUCAGACAUAUUUCGCUUACAAUGGCGAGACAUUUCGAUCAUGAAAUUCAUGUUCAUUUUAUAGUAUUUGAUACAUCAUCUUUACAGUUAUUUUCUCAAUGAAUUUUUUACGUAAAUAA